AUGGUGCACUUUGACGAAGCGAGUAAGAUAAUGGACGAGAUGAUGAAGGUGACGAUUUUCAAACCAUCCGAGAAACGUCGAAUGUUGGAAGACGAGAGGAAAGCCUUUCCGGAUCCAAAUCUAAUUAUGGAUGCAAGACAUCGAAUAUUUCGCGAAAAUUUCACCAGUUUUCAAACCAAGUCUUCCAUACUAGCAGAGGCCCGAAAAUUAUUAACUGAAGAAGAAAUGAAGGAAUUGCAAUUGAGGAAAGAACAAGCUUUCAUACAAAAGGAAUUACAUAAAUUUGAGCAAAAUUUGCAAAAGUCUCGUCCUAAAUUUUGCGGACCGUGCAGUAGAAAGAAUAUAGCUAGCUCGAAUGAUGAAAAUUUUUGGAGAACAUCUAAUAAAGUCGAGCGAGCCGUUAUUAAUAAAAAAAGAAGCAAAACGACCGAGCAAAAGGUGACGGUCGAUCAAAAGAAAAUUAAACAGGCAUUCGCGGAAGUUUCCUCCGUUGAAUCGAAAGAUGUCAAGCAAUGUUCGAUAAACGAGGUCGAGGGAGUAUCAUUCGGUAACAUCAAGGUAACCAUCAGGGAUAAGACAAAUUAUGUACCGGAGCAUCGAUUAAAUGUUCUGGGAUCAUGCUUCGAGGCUCUUCGUGAGAACGUGCGGAAUAAACGUCGUCUUCGCGAGAUCAAAACCAAUAUUCAGAACAUCGCGUCCCGAAGAAAUCUAAAAUCGUGCAUCCACGUAUGGAGAACGUACGUGGAAAAAGCGAAGACUCGACGAGAACAGGCGGCGAAAAAUUCCGACGUCCGUAAGAUUGAGAUACUCAUCGAUACCAUCACGGAAACGCAAAAAGAAUUGACGAAGUCCCAAAGAACGGAGUCGAAGGGAUUUCUUCCGAACACAAGGGACACUGAAAUAAGGAAGAAAACUCCUGUCAGGUCAUUUGUCGUCGAAUCACCGGCACAGAAUCGACUAAACGCUCAGAAAGAAAUCAUCCAUAAACAGAGAAUGAGAUUGGCUGAGCAGAGCAAGAUCAUCGAGGACCUGAAACUAAAACAGAUGCAAGAAGAAAUAACGAAAGCUGGCGAGCAGACAAUAAACGCAGCCAAGGAGACCCUGACGCAUUGUGGUCAACAGACUAGGAGAACUCUGAUACAGUUGAUGAGACAAGCAGGCUACAGAGACAAGUCUUUAACGGCGCCGGUACGGGUGCCAAGUCCACCUAGAUUUCUAAUGAGGAUGGAGGCACGGGCGGAAGCGAGGAGGAACAGAAUAAAAUUACGUGAAGAAGCACGGCAGAAGAAACUGGAGGACGAGAGGAGGAAAGUAGAAGCCGCUAGGAGAGAGGAGGAGCAAGAGAGGAAAAGAUCGCAACAAGAGGCCUUGCGCGAAGCAAAAAGAAUACGCGAGGAACGAGAGCAACAACGAAUAUGUGAAAUGGAAAGAUGUAAAAAAUUGAAUGCCAUGGCGGAAGAAUUUUAUCGCAAGCAUUUGUUGCGACGAUACAUAAUGGAACCAUUCAUCGCGCUCGUUGAAAUGAAGAAUAAUAAUAUAAAAAAAGUUGAGGAUCACUACAAACGGUACUUAUUGCAAAAAGCAUUCGUGAGAUGGAAGAUAGAAACAGAACGUCAAACUCAAAUUAAAACUGAGUUAGUUAUGUCACUGUAUAACAGAAAUUUAUUGUGGCAUGCGUUACAAAAGUGGAAGCAAAUAAUGAGAGAGAAGCAACAAAAAGAACAAGUGGCUAAAGAUUUCUCCGACAUGAGAUUACAAAACAAAUGUUUCAAACUGUGGAAGAUAAAAACUGUGGAAUAUAAAGCUGAGCGACUAAAGACUGAACGUUUAGCUUUGAAACAUUAUGAAGAAAAAUUGAAAGCAAGAUACUUCAAUAUGUGGAAAAAAUAUCCAAAAAUAGUGCCAGAUAUCUUAGAAAGUGAACGAAUAAAAAACACAUGGCGGGAAAUAGUACAAGAAGUAGUUCCGGACUUCGAUCCUAGACAAAGAGGUGUAAUAUUAGAAGACUAG